GCUAUCCCAAAGCAGACUAGGGCUGCUCGGGCCAAAAUAUUUCUGGAAGUUCGAGAUUCCAAUUGAACUACAGCACCAACGAGUACGACACCCAAAUUCGACGUCAACAUCUUGAAGCAGGGAAUAUUCGGAUUUAGGAUACAAUGGCCUCACGGACAACAUGUCGAUCACUGCAAAGGGCCAUAAAACGAAUCCGACCAAGCUGUGAAUGCGCCAACUCCUCCGCCCGCACAUCUACAGUUGCGCCUCGAAGCUUCUCAACAACCCCACCCAGAUCAGUAGUCGAAUUGGAAAAAGACCGAGAAGAGCGGCCACGAUGGUCAUAUACACCCGAGGAAAUGAAGGCGCCAUAUCCAUACAAAGUAAAAGACGGUCGGAAGCCAUGGGAAUGCAAUAGCGAUCCGGAACGAUUAGACAGGUUCUACGCAAAUUUCCUGGGGCCUGGCGGCGAGAAUGUCCUGACAGAAGAACUCAAAUGGCUGGCAAUUACACACAAGAGCUUUGAUCAGGGGCGAAGAGGGUUCAACGAUCGACUGGCAUUUUUUGGUAUGCGCUCGCUGUGUGAAGGAUCAAUGGCAUCGCAUAUUGACUAUCGGUUAUAGGUCGACGGUUGCUCACACUACAAGCAAAUCUGGGACUAGUCAACUCAACCACCUUCAAGAGGCUCGUCAAUGAAGGCAAACCACAACACCCCGCGUUAGAAGGACUCGCAAAUUUGGAGGAAUAUCCAGUUUCACGUGUUUUGACCAAAAUCAAACUUGCCGCAUUAGCCGAUACAAUUGGAAUGCGGGAAAUUCUUAGGUGGCAACCAAAAGAUGUGAGGUCCCUCUGUGGUUUUCCCUUCUUUCCUUGCUGGACGAGACUAAUGACGGAUCAUGACAGCCCAAACAACUUCUAAUGUCAGGUGACAGGGUGGUUAUGGCGACCUCAUUGUACGCAAUAUUAGGUGCGAUCGGUUUACAUAGAGGAGGCGCUUUUGCAAACGAGGUUGCUCGGGAGAAGAUUUUGAAGCCAUUGGGAAUCAGAUAG